CCUGAUUCACUCAGCAAACAUUUGAGUGUCUACUCUCUCGGGUGCUGGGGAUGCUUUAAAGAAGACAAGAUGCCUUGGAGCUUACAUUUAAUGCAUAAACAAAAUAAUCACAGAACUUGGUAAGAUAAUGAACAAGUGAUAUGAUCGCAACUUGGUGGAAAGGAAAGUACUACAUAGCAAGGUUAGGAGAACCCCUUCUGAGGAAGUGAUGUUGAGCUGAAAUUUGAAGAAUGAUAAGGAACUGACUUUUUGAAGGAAGAACUAAGAGAAAAUGUAGCCAAAGGAAACCACUUGUGCAAGGGCCUUGAAAUGAAAGCUUGUCAGCCCAAAGUCCUGUGGCUGGAGCGUCAGCCGUCUGGCAGCUACCAGAGAUUCACUGACUGUUACAAGCGCUUCUACCAGCUGCAGCCUGAGCUGACACAGCGGAUCUACGACAAGUUUAUAACGCAGCUGCAGACAUCCAUCCGGGAGGAAAUCUCUGAAAUCAAAGUGGAGGGGAAUCUGGAAGCCAUCUUGAACGCCUUGGAUACAAUUGUGGAAGAAGGCAAAGAUCGAAAGGAGGCGGCCUGGCGCCCUAGCGGGAUCCCAGAGAAAGACAUGCGCAGCGCCUUGCUGCCCUACUUCCUGCAGCAGAGGGACACCCUGCAGCGCCGCGUGCAGAAGCAAGAGGUGGAGAACAGGCAGCUGGCAGACGCCAUCCUGGCCGGGCGCAAGCAGGUAGAGGAGCUGCAGCUGCGGAGCUGGGCGCAGCAGCAGGCCUGGCAGGCUCUGCACAGAGAACAGAAGGAGCUGUUGGCUGUGCUGCGGGAGCCCGAGUGAGGCGGCCAGACCUGGGAGCAGAGGGCAGUCAAGGUCAAGGGCCUGUGGCUGGCGUGCUGGCCUGGGAUGAGCUGCCUCUGGGAACAGCUGCAGUGGGGCCCUGUCCCUAAGCAGUGCUGGAACUUGCUGGAGGACCAGUCCUGAGGAGUCCCACACCACUGUGCCUUUGGGGCUCCCUCUGGGUUACUCAUACUGACAUUACCUUCAGAACCAACUGUUUUCUUCUCACAUGAAGAUCCUCACCAGUCACCCCUCUAGGUGACCCGCCCCCUCAAGCAUGUGCAUGCCCUGCAGGUCUGCGCCUCCCAGGCCCUGCCUUGGGAAUCUGGUUUCAGUCUCCACUGAUUGCCCCCUUGCUGGCCAACCCCAGGGCCUUUGCCAUGUUCUCCCCACAUCCGUAAAUAAACUUCCUCCCCACACUAUAAUCUGAGGAUGCUUCCUC